AAGGUGUGUAAACAAAAAAUGCAAAAAGAAUUUUCUUUUCGCAUUCAUUUAUAUUUCAUUACAUUUGCAUAGUUAGGAUAGAAAAUUUAUAUGUGAAAAAUUGGGAAUACUUCUUCCACAAGCAAAAAAUGCACAUUUUUGGUUUGAAAUUUAAUUUAAGUGAAAAGUAAAGUGUUUGAAAAUUGGAGAAAUGAGUGAAGUUUUAGAAUUGAAUCCAUUAAACUGUGAUACCUCCGUAUUGCCGCGGCCUACUAAAGCAGAACGUCUCAUUCAAGAAUUGAAUGCGAAUAAUGCUAAAAAAGUUGCACUCCUAUUAGUUCUUGGGUUCGUGGCGUAUCAUGGUAUUUUAAAUUGGCAAUAUGGGAGCGAUUCCUGUCAAUGGCUGUUAUCUAAAGGCCGUUUCAAAGGUGAUAAUGAAUGGCAACCUUAUGGCUGUAUGAUGCAUAAAUAUACUGAAACAGAUACGCGCCGAUGUCUCCGUUAUUUAGCCUUUUGGGGUUAUCACAACAAUUUCGUAUUCAUUGGUGAUGAGAGUAUGCGAGAUCUUUAUCAAAGCUUUAUAAACCAUUUACAUCCCAGUGACGAUGACAAUAUCUCUACAACUAAUUUGGCCGUGCCAAAAGAUGACAAUUUUGAAGAACGACAGCUUAAUAUGCGCGCACGUUACAUAUAUGCUAGCGAAGUGAACUUGGCACUGCUCGACACUCUAACAAAAUUAGAAAAUGUAAAUGAAUUACCAGUGAUCCUCAUAUUGGGUUUUACAUAUCGCAACUUUCUUGCUGGCAAUGUAACAGAUGACGUUAUAAAACAGUUUACGGACAACCUAAUGCGUUUGGUGGUGCCAUUUGACCAGUUAGUAGCGCAAAAGACAAAAGUAUUAUGGAAACUACAAGAUCGCAUUAAUGAGGAGAAGGUGGCGCAAACGCCUUGGAAGGUAGUACUGAAUGACGAUAUUGAUCGGUUAAACGAAGCUGCCUUAUCAGUUUUCCGUUAUUCGGACGCUGUCGUGUGGAAUGCAGCAUGGCAAAUAGCAAACGGUCUGGUCGACAGCGCAGUUGACGGUUACAGAUUGAGUGAUUUAGGAUUGCGCCACGAGGUGCAAAUUUUGAUUAAUAUGUACUGCAACGACUAUAUGAAUUACAAUGACGGCACCUGUUGCGCUAGCGCAGAACCCUUUACAACUUUGCAAAUUGUUUCCUACGCUAUUUUCGGUGUAUGUAUUACUUUGGUACUCGUAAUGUUACUGCGUCGUUGGUUGCUACAUUUGCGUGGUCAUACGUUUUAUACUCCGCUAACGCAAAUACCAACCUAUCAAGACCUACACACUGGCAGCGCUACUGCGACGGGUUCGCUGUCAAACGGUUCCACGUCAUUUGCUCUUUCCAUAAUCGAUUUCUUUACACCACUAGCUAUGCUUGGCAUUAUUAUGGCUUACUUCUAUCUAUGCGAUCGCACAAAUUUUUUCAUGAAGGAAAAUAAAUAUUACUCCGAGUUUAGUUUCUGGAUACCUGUAGGUUAUGUAUUUGCCUUAGGUAUAUUCUUUACCGAGGAAUCGCGUUUUACAAAAGUACUGAAUCGUGACCAAACCGAUGAAUUGAAAGGUUGGAUUAUGCUUGUUGUACUCAUCUAUUAUAUGACCGGCGCACAUCGUGUCCUACCCAUACACAUGCAUAUUAAACUACUUAUCAGCAGCUAUCUAUUCAUCACGGGCUAUUCACAUUUCAGCUAUAUGUGGCAAACCGGUGGAAAUUCUGCCUUUGUACGUUUCUUUCAAGUCAUGUUUCGCCUGAAUUUCGUUACGGUCGUUUUGUGUUUCUGCAUGAAUCGGCCCUAUCAAUUCUACUAUUUUGUGCCGUUACUUACGUUUUGGAUGUUCGUUAUAUACUUCGUAUUAUCACUGCCGCCACGCAUCAGCGCGCAAUCUGUGGAUUCAUACCCUUUACAUUAUUUGUAUUUGGUGGCCAAAUUCAUAGGCUGUUUCAGCGUCAUCACGAUACUCUUUAUGUCGGAAGUUUUCUUUGAACGCAUUUUCCUCACACGCCCAUGGAAAGCGUUAUUUGUGAGUACCGACGAUGACAUACACGAAUGGUGGUACCAAUGGAAAUUGGAUCGUUACACUGUAACUUUUGGUAUGAUUUCGUCCGCUUGCUUUCACAUCGCACAAAAAUAUAGCAUUUUCGAUGACAACAACCACGGUAAUCUCUUUGCACGACGCACAUCCAUCACCGUUACGUUGCUUGCACUGCUAGGUGUUGGCUUGUAUACGACAUUUUCUUUUCUCUGCCGCAACGAACAGGAUUGCGAAGAGAUACACUCGUACAUUGUCUUCAUACCGAUUGUGGGGUACAUUGUGCUACGCAAUAUAUCUGGCAUACUGCGCACGCGUUACUCCACUUUCUUCGCGUGGUUCGGACGCAUAUCGCUGGAGUUGUUCAUUUGUCAGUACCACAUUUGGCUAGCUGCUGAUCGUCAUGGCGUGCUAGUGCUGCUACCUGGCUUUCCUACGCUCAACAUGAUCGUUACGUCGUUCAUAUUCGUGUGCGCAUCGCACGAGGUGCAUCGCAUUACGCAAACGCUGCUGCCAUAUGCAGUGCCCAAUGACUGGAAGUUGGUCAUGCGCAAUUUCGUGAUAUUUUUGAUUAUAUUGAUACCGGUGGGACACGCGGAUGGCAUGUUUUAAACCUGCGUAAUUAGCUUAUAAUAAAUGGUUAGAGUAACAAAAACAAAACGAAAAAAAUAAUAUAAGACAAAAACAAGAUAAUUGAAAUUCUUGACUAACAAUUAGCAUAUCGCAAAAAUUAGCGCUUGAAAAUUGAGGCAAUAAGCACUUGAGCACAUACAUGCCUUCCAUGUAAUCGGUAUGCACAUGUGCUUAUAUACACAUACAAUAUGUAUACAUAUUUGUUCAUUGUAUGAUAGUUUGACCCCAAGGGUCGUUAACUCAAAUUCAUAGUAUUGGCUUUUUUUAGUAUUUUAAGCACAAAAAACGUAGCAUUGUUGAUAAUUGUGUACAAAGUGUAUGUGUGACACACAUAUAUACUUAUAUAUGUAUGUAUAAAUAUAUAUAUAUUUUCUCUAAUACUUACGCACGCACCAAGCUUAAUUGCAAAUGUGAGAAAUAUAUUUUGUACGCUAAUUUAUUGUUGUUUGUAAGUUUAGUUUAAGCGAAACUUAAUUUUUCGGUUAUAAAGCUGUUUGUGAAUUUUUAGUAAAUUAGUAUAUACGCAGAUGUUGGUAUGAUCUGACGCCAUAGCAAAACAACACAAAAAAAAUAUGCAAACAUAAAAUGUUCAUUAUUGUAAAUGAAUAUGUACUUAUAAAAUUAGGCAAUCAAAGCGCUAAGUAAUGAUUACUGGAUUAUUGGAAAUAAAUAAACGCUUACAUA